AUACAUCUCUUUAGAAUUGAAUUCACUACUCUUGUAUAUUUAUAUAGCCUGAGAAAACACAUCAAUUUGGGGAUUAUAUGUAUCCCAAUCCAAAGAUAAAAAGUAAUUGAAAAACGUGGAAAUGGCGUCCUACUCCGGCGACAACAAACCAUCAGCCCCGCCCGCACCCGACCCGGAAGAGCCCCGGGUCGCCUACCCGUACCAACCGCCCAAUUCCUCACCCUAUGCUCCGAUCAGCGGCUCCUUCGGGUCGGGUUCGUCUCCCCAAGGAUACGGCUAUUACCACCCUCCUCCCACCACCAACGUUUACAGCUCGUUUCCGCCGGGCACCCACCCCGAUGUGAUCCGGAGCUUCCAGAUGGUGGAUACCAACCAAAACGGUUACAUUGAGGAGAAGGAGCUCCAACAAGCGCUCUCUUGGAAUUACCAGCGAUUCAGCCCCAAUACUCUCCGUUUGCUUAUUUUUCUCUUCCGAGAUCCCCGAGAAUCCUCUUCCAUAAUUGGACCGAAAGAGUUUGCUGCUAUUUGGAGUUGCCUUGGCCAAUGGCGGGCAAUUUUUGAAAGAUUUGAUCGAGAUAGGAGUGGUAAAAUUGAUGCUAUGGAACUUAGGGAUGCCCUAUAUAGUCUUGGAUAUGCAGUGCCACCUUCUGUUCUUCAAGUCUUGAUUUCCAGAUACGAUGAUGGCAGCAGGCGUCCGGUAGAGCUAAGUUUUGACAGCUUUGUUGAGGGUGGGAUGAUUGUAAAGGGUUUGACAGAAAAAUUCAAGGAGAAAGACACGCGUUACACGGGAUCAGCGACGCUAACUUACGAGACCUUCAUGACCAUGAUCAUCCCUUUCCUCGUUGCAGAUUAGUAUCUCCAUCUCCCCACUACUCUUGAUUUUGGUUUUGCAUAGAACUGUAUAGCUUAUUUUGUUUUCUGCUAGAGCUUUGUACAUGUAUAAGAGAGCAAACUAUUGUCUUUACACUUCCAUGAGUUAUUUUCUUUGAAAUUUGUGUUUGGUAUA